AUGACUCAAUGUGUAAAUAGGAGCUCGCUCGAGUAUUUGGCCGGUGCAAAAUUACAGUUUGAAGCCGAUAGCAAACGCGUCCAGAAAAUCAUUGACGCUAAUGACAAAGUCCUUGCUUCUCAGAGAAAGACGACUAUGACGUGCUCCCAUACUUUCUUGACAACAUUGACGGAACAGGUGAAAAUGUCCAAAGCAAACUCGACGCUUGGCUGCUUCACCGACAAAUUUUACGAAAACAUGCCUAAAACUGAUGAUUUGUCUUCCUCGCGGUCACUCGUACUUGCGGUUCGUGCAUUAUUGACAACGCAAGUUGUCUCGGAGGCGAACAACACCGCAUCCGAGCAGGCAACGAAAGUUGAAAGCCAACUCGUUGAAAUGUGGAAUGCCAUCGACACUGUCAAGGCAAGCAUUGACAAAACCAUCGGAGGAACGAACACACUGGUAUCCCAGCAAUUGAGCUCACUAGCGCCGAUUCUAUCUGGAAACGAUGAUAGCCAUCAGUCAGCCUCUCGUCUUGGUCGCUUGGGCAAAGUAGCCUCAUCGAAGCUUUCAAAUCCGUUGGCUUUAACAUCAACUGCCAGUCUUGGGGCUAUACGAAAAACUGGUCAAACACUUCACAAAGCACUCGAGGUUCUAGCGGGAUUGCACGACGGUUUUACGGACGUCCUGGACACUAUAGAUUCGACUUGGGAGCUGCUGGAAAAACAGUUCAACGCCACCGUACAGCAGGCAACACAGCUGCAGCAGGAGCUUGUGUAUGCAGCCGAGUCAACGGCACAGCAGAUCAAUCGUACUAGUGCCGCUGUCAGGACUAGCUUGGAUCAGGCCCAGCAGGAAGUUUCCACCUCCUUCAAUAUUUUGCGUGAACAAUGGCAAACUAUGGUCAAAAAGCUGGUUGCCGAAGGAUUUACACCGUGGCAGCGACUGGGGGACCAACUAGUAGCCGAGCUCACAGCUAACCAACGCCAAAGUGUCAGACCUGAGAGCUCCAUUCAGCGCAAAUAUCUUCUGCUAGAUAGAACAUCGAACUCAAGUUUGGAGAAAGAGCAUCAAAAGUUGGCUAUUGCUUCACGUGACGAGAGUUCCAAAAACACCGAACUAUCACCGUCAAAGGAAGACAAGUUUGACAUCGACACUGCCGUGCUGCGUGCUUCGUUGGUUGACGUUAGUACUCUGGUCACCCAAGUGGUUUUCUACGUAGACGUUGGCCGUCUCAUCGUACUAGCUGCAGAUCUUGCAGUUGGGCUCAUUACCGAGUCCUAUUCUGACAUGCCAAUGGUGGAUAUCCGGGGCAUUACCACGGUCGACACGAUUGGAAGUGUAUGUGAAGUUUUCCUUUGCCAGCAUAGCAUUUCUGCAGUAUGCUUCACACUUGUGAAAAAAGCCUCAGAACUGCUGCGCGUACUGGUGACAUUUCUCCUUCUUUUUUGCGCUGCUUCAGCGAUCACAGUAGGCUUGUUCAUGUGGAAGAAAGAUCACAAUGCGCAGUGCCAAAGUUUCGAUGCACCGGCCAGCUUUUCACCAACUACUAUACAAAGUAUCACCCGUGCAUUUUUUGAGAACAGUGGCAACACCAGCGAGCGCGUCGUUGAUCCACUUGAUGAAAUUCGAAAGUACGCCACCAUUAUCAACGAUUCCAUCCGUAAUGACUAUGCGGCACUGACAUUAGACACGGCUAUCGUGUGGAAGAAUCAGUCUAUUGCACUGGACGAUUUCAGUGACUGUACAACAACGAUGAGCACCUUGGUUCGCAUGCUUCAAGACUGUAGCAUCAAUGGUGAAGCAGCUUCUGCAGCUGAUGCUUCUCUUUCAAGUCAGUGCUUGAUGACAAGUUUCAGCAAUAACUCGGCACUAAUGACCCCACUCUCAACAACGGAGCAAAUGAGUGCAAACGCGCCAUUCUUAGCAUCAUCCACUGCAUUUGACUUGUGCUUUCCAGCAGAAGGAUCCCACCCUAUGGGAAGAGAUGAAGUCGUUGGCCAACUACAGCACAAUCUCGCAUGCGCGACUGAAAAGGCUGUAUACUUCUCGUUUGCAUCGUGGUGGCUUCUAGUGGUGGUCUUUGUGGCAAAUCGCUUCGUGGUAAGGAUGAUCAUCAAAGCUGCAGGAGUUUGUUGGUGGCGCUUUCUGAGCGCAAAUCGAUUGCAAUUCGUGGGCUUUUGCCAGGAAGACGGAAAUAUCGUCGCGAGUGACAAGUUGCAGGCUGCCAUCCAACAAUACCUCCACCAAGCGAAGUAUCAGAUCGUUUGUCACUUCGUUGGCAUCGGUCUUGCAUUCCUGUCCGUUGUCACUGUCAUGUUCAUUGUUUUUCAUGGAGUUGCGUAG